UCCUGCGUAUCUCUACGAGGAGCUUUUUUUUUUAAUUAUUUUUUUUAAAUGGACUCAAAAACGAGUCUGGUCGUAGUGGUGACUGACAGUCUGCUCCUCACGCUCCUCACCGUCUGAACCGAACCAGAGGAUGGAUGGAAACUUUUCACCGGCUGCUAUCUUCUCAGUAGUCCUCCUCACUGUCGCGUUGUCAUCAUCAUCAUCAUCAUCAUCAUCAUCAGCAUCAUCAGUCCUCCUGGAGCCUUACGACCUUUUAUAUGAAAAUGCAGUGCGUGCGUUUUACAACAGCGACUAUACCAACGUGGUGCGCUACAUGGAGGGCGCGCUCGGCAGCUACCAAGAAGUCCGACUCACCAGAGUCCGGUGCCGUGUGAGGUGCCAGGACCAGCAUCCCUUUGAUGGGACCUUCUCGGACCUGCGCUUUGCCGACGUGGUGCUCCAAAGAGCGGCGUGCAUGAACUCAUGCAUCGAGGAGAAAAUUGGCAUUCAGUCUUUGCAUAAAGUCAGCGAGGAUGUAGUUCAGGACUUCCAUCGGAGGAUCCCCUACAACUAUCUGCAACUGGCAUAUCAGAAGUUGAAGCAGCCUGACAAGGCAGCGGCGGCGGCUCACACUUAUUUCCAGGCCAACCCAGAACAUGUGGAGAUGGGUCAGAACCUGGAGCAGUACAAAGACCUGCAGGGCGUUGAGGAGGAGCACUUUGUGGACCGAGAAGCUCGGCCUCACCAGCGUUCCUUUACUGCAGCAGUGAGGUUGUAUGAUAAAGGCGACCACGAAGGAGCCAUCGCUCUGUUCGAGGAGGCUUUGGUGGAGUACUAUAAAGGAGACUCAGAGUGCCGGGCCCUGUGUCAAUGGCCGCAGAGGUUUGAGGGCCACGACUACCUCCGCUACCGUUACAGCCUCCAUGAACUCAUAUCAGAUCACUUCACUCAGGUGCUGCACUGUGAACACGAGUGCGUUCGAGACCUCGCCACCCGGCCGGGCCGCCUCUCACCCAUGGAGAACUACCUGCCUCUGCACUACGACUACCUUCAGUUUGCAUACUUCCACGUGGACAGGCUGGAGGAGGCGCUACAGUGCUCUCUGACCUACCUGUUAUUCCACGAGGGAAAGGAGUCCAUGACGGACAACGUGGAAUACUACAGAGAGAUGCUGGAACACGACGGAAAGCCGAGAGAGGAAGCUGCAUGGUACCUGAGGAGGCACAAACAGGAACUGGAGCUCCUUCUGAUUGGCAGUAAAACCAUGGGUGUGGAAUUUACAGAAGGGAAUUACUGGAGCAGCACAGGUGGAAGAGAAGACUCAAACAGGAUUCCCUCCGGCACAGACGGCUGGAUGGAGUAUGUUCCCAUUUCAGAGAAGAAGGACAUCACUGUCGCUGCUCCACAGCAACUCAAAGAAGGUGGCCCUUUGGUGUAUGAAAACGUGCAGCUGGUGCAGAACUCCGCGGCCUUGAACGGGACCCAGCGGGUGUUACUGGAUCAUGUUAUAUCUGAGGAGGAGUGUUCAGAGCUCCGACGCCUGGCUCAUACUGUCACCAUGGCAGGAGAUGGUUACAGAGGGAGGAUGUCUCCACACACUCCCAAUGAGAAGUUUGAAGGAGCCACUGUACUCAAAACCCUGCAGUACGGCUAUGAGGGCAGAGUGCCGAUGAGGAGCGCUCGCCUGUUCUACGACAUCAGUGAGCGAGCGAGACAGGUUAUCGAGUCUUACUUCCUGCUCAACUCCACCCUGCACUUCUCCUACACACACCUGGUGUGCCGGACAGCCAUCACAGGCCAGCAGGAUCACAGGAAUGACUUAAGCCAUCCCAUCCACGCCGACAACUGUCUGCUGGACCCCGAGGCCAACGAGUGCUGGAAGGAACCACCAGCGUACACAUACAGAGACUACAGUGCACUGUUAUAUCUAAAUGGAGAUUUUGAAGGAGGGGAGUUCAUAUUCACAGAAAUGGAUGCCAAAACAGUUACGGCAUCAGUGAAGCCCUUAUGUGGCAGGAUGGUGGGUUUCUCAUCAGGAGGUGAAAACCCACACGGUGUGAAGGCCGUUACCAGCGGGCAGAGGUGUGCUGUCGCUAUGUGGUUCACCCUGGACCCGCUCUUCAGAGAACUGGAGAGACUGCAGGCGGACGAGGUGAUCCAGGCGUUGGACACACAGUCUGUAUUGGGUCCAGGACUCAACAUCAACCCUAAAGAUGAACUGUAGAAGCUGAAGCAAAACCGCUUCAGUCCACCCCCUUCUAUCAAAUCCUUCUAUAUAUUUUAACUAUUUAUUGAAUCGACCGUUGGAUCAGAACUUUUCUAUUUUUGUACUGUUUGAAGUGCAAGAUUUAUUAUAUUGUCAUUUUUUUGUGUUGUUUUUUUAAUGUUUCUCUACACACAAGUACUUGAGUUUAUCUUUUGUUCUUUGUCUUUCCCUCCAGUGACAGCUUCUAGUAGAGAAAAAAAAUCCAAUUCACUUUUGACCUGGUUAGAAGACUGUUUCAUAUAAGACUGAUCAUAUCUGUAAUCUCACUGAACUGUGAAGAAUGCAAAGAGAAGAACCGCAAUUUACUUUUUUUUUUGCUUUGCUUUGAGUUGUGCUUGUUCUUGUUCUGGACAACGUAUCUAAUGGGUUUUAUUCAUAAAAGUACAUAUAUUAAAAAUAACUAAGUUUCAGUGGUCAGUAGUUCGAAACAAUUCACAAAUGGUACUGUUACAUAUGUUAUUAUUAACAGUGCUAGUAGAAAUUAUUUUAAACAUAAGCGGUGCACUGUUUUUAAAAUAGUACCUGGUUUUGAAAUAGCACUCUUACAAAUAGUUUAAGAAAGAGAUAUGUUCUAAUAUGCUGAAUACAUAAUGAUCAUGCACUCUGUCCUUCUCUGUGUGUCAAGUCUGAAACUGAAAAUGUCUUCUUUCUACUACUUUGUCCACUUGUCCUCUUGUUGUUGGCGUGAUGACUCACUCGCCUCUUUUCUGGGCACACAGAGCAAAAUAUACUGGUAAACAUGUUCACUGACUUGAGAACAUGGUGUUUAUGUUUUACUUUUAUUUAUGUGUUUUUAAUAAUGGACAGCUGCUGUCCUAACUGUCUGCAUUUAAUAUGAACUUUUUUUUCAGAAAAGAUGUCAAUCAUUCCUGUUUCAAGGAAUACGUAUUUGUGUCUAUCUUUUAUUUCUUUAUAUUUGUGUUGAUGAUACAGAUGAUAGGCCGAGUCGUGCACUGUAAAUCCAAUGGAGAGAAUCAAGAUUCAAACUGCUAACCAGAACCUUCAGCCUGUCGUUUUAUGAGGUUGGCCACUUUUGUUUCACUGAUAUUUAAUUCUGAAAUGCUGUAACACACCAAAAUGUAUGUGUACAUGCCUAUUAAAAAUAUAAA